AACAAGCACCGCCAAACCCACCCUCCGCUGCUGAGCGCCGGAACCGCUGGUCCGGGCUGCGGUGGGUCCGUGCCGCUGAGAGGGACGGACAGGAAGGAGCUUUGGGUAGGCCGGGAGGAGAGAAGGAAGGGGAUGUAGGACUGGCGGCGGGAUGAUGAGCACCAAGCAGGUGACGUGCAGAUAUUUUAUGCAUGGUGUAUGCCGUGAAGGAAGCCGCUGUAUGUUUUCCCAUGACUUGUCUACAAGCAAGCCAUCGACAAUCUGUAAAUUCUAUCAGAAGGGACAGUGUGCCUAUGGAGACCAUUGCAGAUAUGAUCACGUGAAGCCGCCUGGAUCUAGAGCAGUGGGGCCAGUGAUCUCGCGAGUCACCUGUAUACCCGUCGUUCAUGAUGCUAUUGCUGAACCUCCCACUGCAGAACAGACUGUGCCCGUCAAAGCCGCUGAAUCUGGGAGAUGUAAAAAGAAAACACUGGAGCUGAAAGAUCGAGACCUUUGCAACCGAACAGCAGAAAAAUCUAAAUUGUUUCCUUUCCCACCGUCUUACUGCAACACUAUGAACACUAUGCCACACUUCCCUGAAUCGGCAGCUUUUGCUGAUGAGGACAUUGAAGUGAAGCCGCCGUCAUAUUUGGAUGCAGUUCGCAGGGGACUGACUGUUUCAGAAGUAGCAGAUUGUAGUGAUUCUGCACAGCAGCUGUGCCCUUUUGCACUAGCGGGCGAAUGUCAUUAUGGCGACAGCUGUUUGUACCUUCAUGGAGAUGUGUGUGAAGUAUGUGAACUUAAAGUGCUGCAUCCAACUGACCUCGAGCAACGUAGAGCACAUGAGCAGAUGUGUCUCAUUGCAUUUGAACAAGACAUGGAGAAAGCCUUCGCUGUACAAAAGAGUCAAGAUAAAGUCUGUAAUAUUUGUAUGGAGAUAGUCUACGAAAAAGUAAUACCAUCUGAGAGAAGGUUUGGAAUUCUUUCUGACUGCAUUCACCCAUAUUGUCUGUCCUGCAUUCGACAGUGGAGAUGUGCAAAGCAGUUUGAGAAUAAAAUAAUCAAGUCCUGCCCUGAGUGCAGAGUGAUAUCUGAAUUUGUGAUCCCAAGUGCUUACUGGGUAGAGGAAAAGGAGGAAAAAGAGCAGCUCAUUGAAGCAUUCAAGCAGGGAAUGGGUAAGAAAGCUUGUAAGUACUUUGACAAGGGGAAAGGAUCCUGUCCAUUUGGUGGCAAGUGCCUUUACCUUCACGCUUACCCUGAUGGAACACUGGCAAAACCUGAACAGCCAAGAAAGCAGCUCAGUUCUGAAGGCAACGUGAGGUUCCUUCACGCAGUGCGACUGUGGGAUUUCAUUGAAGAGCGGGAACACAGGGAUGUUUCCCAGCACGCAGGAGAAGAUGAGGUGGCAGAGCUGGGUGAUCUUUUCAUGCAUCUUUCAGGAGCAGACGAGAACAGUGUAUCCAGUGAGAACUAAUCUGAUCAGCCUGUUUCUGUAUGCUGUAAGGCGAUUACAAACCAAAUUACAGCUGCUUUUCUGAAACUGCAGCUGAUUCAGUAACCAUGGGAGCUUGGUUCAAAAUUAUGUUUGAACUAAAUUUGUUAUAAUGGAAACAAAUAGAGCAAUGAAACUAGUUGAAUCAGAAUGGUAUUUUGUAGAAUUUACUGUAUUUAAUUUAAACUUAUUUAUGGAUUUGAAGUUUUUCAUCAGAGAAUAUGCUACCCAAUAUAUAUAAUCUUUGGUAGUAAAUUUCUUCCAGCUGUAAUUUUAAAAGGAAAUUGUUGCAAUAUUACCCAUAGUGAAUUACCUUAAUGCUGUAUACAUGAUAACAAAGGACAGCCUCUUUAGUAGCUCAUCCAUAACAGAAGCUGCAGAAUAUUUUCACUACAGACUGACUUUCUUCACCCAUUUCUUGGACUGAUAGUCUGAAUGUUAGUGAUUUUGAACUGGCUCCAGGCGAGCACCAGAGUAAUCUCAGAUUGAUUGUUUGCCUUCAUUUUCCCAUUCUGAGAUUACUAACUUCUGUAUCCAAGUUAAUACUUGGUGACAGUGUAAUAAACCUGCUUCCCACUACAAAAUAUUUUUGACCAAAGGAGCAGAUGGGUCUGCUGUUGUCAGGCUAGUGAUUUUUUUAAAAUCAGCCAUCAGAAACUGCAAUGAGAAGUUUGAAGUGAUUUAACAUUAUUAACACUUUCCCUGACUCUCAUGAAAUAAACAUUCAUAUGUAGGAACCUGGAACCUAGCUUAUUUCAAAUCAAGUUGCUGUGUAGCCAAAAAAGUACAUUUUAGCAUGACUGCACAUGGUAGCUGAAAAUUAUAAUAUUUCUAAUAAUUCAUUGAAGUAAACAUGUAUAGUACUAUAGAUCAUACGAAAGCUCCCAAAUUUGGAAGCAAUUUUUAAAUUUUCUUUUAAGUUAAUAAUAGAAGCUUGGAAAAAUACUAAUUUGGCUGUGGUUGUUGAAACUAAAAUACUAACAACAUACAAGAAUGUUGUCCUGUAUUAAAUUUGAUGAGAGAUCAAAUUCAUGCUUCAAAUUGGUUUUAAUAAAUCUAGGAAAUUAUGUUACCCGAGUCACAAAGUACAGAUCAAAUUCCAGGAUAGGAGUCAAGUCUGAAAGUGGUUCGGAAAGUGUAAUCAUGUCGAAGCUGUGGUUUAAGACUUAUAACUAGGAAAUUAAAGUACCCUAUCACAUGAAUGCAAAUGCAGUUAUAUCCACAAUUAUUUCCAUUAGCAGUUCUCUCCAAUUGCUAGGUGGGCUGCUUUGCUGUGAUAGGCAGCCCUUUGUAUAACAGACAAUCACUAAGCCCACUUUGCCAUUCUGAUUUAGGCAAGGGGUGAAACCUCAGCAAACGUUCCGACCAGUUUCCAUAAAUACUAACUUACUUGAAAGCCAAGCCUGCUUUAUCCGGUGGUGAGAUAUGUAUUUUGUUGUAUGAAGGUGCAACCUGAAGUUCAUGCAUUAAAUAUGUAAACUGUAGUCAUAAUCAUAGGGUAGUGUUGUGUCAAAGAAUUAUUAUGUCAGGAUUAGUCAUUAAUCACACUGAUUUACUGUUACAACAUAAAAUCCUUUUUAUAUAUUUUACAAAGUGCAAAUUCAAAUGGUGGAACAUCAGUAUUAGAAUGUUAUUUCCCUCCCCCAACACUUCCUGGUUCUAAUGUUUCCUCAAAUGAUAUUUCAAAAUCUAUCAAACUGAAACUGGUUCUGAACUCAUCCUCAAAUGCAGCAUUGGUUUUAUUGUACUUGUCAGCUAUUGGGUAACAUUCAGUAUUUACAGCUGCCUGUUUUCUCCUUUGUAUAGUAGUACUACUUUGAAUAAAAGUUUCCUAGAGGAGUAUAUUUGCUCUUUGGAUUGUAAUAAAAAGAAGCAAUUGCGCUUUCAAGAUACAUUUGCAGUUUCAGGAUAUUGUAGUUUAAAACCACUAAUUAAAUUCCUCUUUACAUAUCUAAAUUUGAAGUUCAUCAUACUGUGUUCAUCUUUUUAAAUAUUCCGUUAUUGUUCCAAUUACAAUAAAAGUUUGAUACAUUUCUAAAUCUAGUAAAGUCGUCUGGCUGGGCCCAGAAUUGUUCUUCCAGAUAAUUACUCUGAAUACAGUAAGCUCAAAUUCAAAUGGCAGUAAAUUAAUCCUUGUCAUCUUUUCACCAUGGUAUAGUCUUUAACUAAAACAGGUCUGUUUUUGCUACAUACUUUUCUAAGCUCUGAACUAUUCUACCACUGCAUUGGUGCUGGCAAAAGACUAGUAGGCAUUUAAAAUUCUCUUUCAUUCUAUAUUUAUAACCUGAGUUUCCACUGACUUGUUUCCCCCUCCCUACAUCUUUAUUAGUGUUUUAAGAGUAUUUUGGAUCAAUAAAAUUAGUCUAAUUUUUCAUUUCCAAAGUAACAACUCGAAAUAUUUAAUUACCAAUCGUGUCCAUCUUGCAGCUAUCUCACAGUAAUAGCCGAAUCAAAUCCUGGAAUAACAAUACUGUAUUUGAGCCUCUCUUUACUUUGGUACAUAAACCGUUUACUUCUGUCUCAGUAUUUCAUUAAACCCUAUUUAACAAAUAUCCUGCUUUUCUUAUGAAACAAACUCUUUACAAGAAAAUCUUUAAUCUGUCAAUUAGCUGACUAUCUCUAAUUGAGCCAGUUCUGCUAAUAUCUCCUUCCUUAUGUUGUCCUAGAAUGAAUACCAAGAAAUCAAGAGGUAAGAUCUGUGUGGUUUUUUCUUGGGGUGAAGAGAAGAGUACAGGUGGGAGAAAAAAAAAUCACAGAAAUUUAGAGGAGCAGAUUAUAUUUUUUUUUAAGUGGUUUUGUUGAACAUGGGAAUAACAAUUUUCCACCUCAUUUUAAAAGGGAAACAAAUGCAAACAAAUGUAAUAUCUCCCUGUUUCUACCGGAUUUUGUGUAAUAGUACCUCAAUAGCCAUCUAAACUUGUUUGGGAUUUUGAUGCACCGGAAAGUAAUUACAGAAUUUAACACAUUACCUGAUAUUCUGAAUUGGCAAACCAAAAACAUUGCAAUUUGUACAGAACUAUUUGCAAACCUUUAACUUAAUAAAAUACACGGGCCUGGCAACAAAUGUUCAGGUAUCCAAAUGGAACGCCACGUUACCUCCACUCAUUUGCAAAACAAAAACAAACCUAAUUAUUUAUGAUCACAUCUAAACUUGUAUUGCAUCAUAGUUGACCAGAAUAGUUCACCAUUAUCCUCUGCACUUACUAACUCCUUUAAACAGGUACUUUUUUUUUUGCAGAAAUGAUGUCUUUGUUAAAGAUGUUGCUUGGAUCAUCCAGUAGCAGGCUAUAUUGUUCUUGUCGACAUGUACCCUUCAUAUUUUCAGCUAAUUUGUGCCAGUAGAGUCUGAAGCCUGAGAUAAGCAUGGAAGGCAAAUAAGACAACUGCCACAGCAAAGUUGAUGUUGAGUCAAUUGUUUGAGAAUUUCUGGAGAAGGCUUCGUGAAAUUAACCAGGCAUCCAUACAUCUUGUGAAAUGGAGCGACAGUUACCUUAUUAGUUACAACCUUAAAUCUGAUCAGUAGCAGCUUUCGGGUUUGAUUGCUUGUGAUCAGAUGCUGCAAAUCAGGCAGUUGCCUACGCUACCAAAAAAAAAGGCACAGCUUUCUGC